AUGAAGGGAUUUAAAUCUUCUGGGGGACUUACACAUGGCAGGGGUAUUACCGAGAGCACUUUAGCCCAGUGGAUAAAAGCAAUGCCAGCAAGUACACAAGUUUGUGAUGCUGUGGAGAAAUUUACUGGUGUUUCAUCUGCAACAACUGAACAGCAUGUUGAAUUGAGAGAAUCACGACAGUUUAAUGAUGGGAAGCACUUACAAAUAUUGCAGAACUGGCUACGAUCUCACUCUCCAUUUCAAGAAACUUUUAGUGGGUUGGUAUCCUUGGGAACAGGAAUAAUUGCUGAUGAUUUAGUGAACUGUGACACAGCAAAAUCAAUUGGCUUAAAAGUAAUGCAUGAUAUGGAUGGCAAGAAGUUCUCAACUAUACACUUAAAAAGAAAGAAUGCAGUACGGUCAAUAUCAGUCAUGAGGAAUGGACUGAAAGUUCGUGAGGAUGUUGUUGCAGUGAACUCUCAACAGCUUUUCAGCAGAAUAAUAUGUGUUUUGAAAAAUGAUGACCAACUUGCUAAUUAUAUGACUUAUGAAUUGGCCCCUAAACCUCCUUCACUCUUUGACGACAUCUCAGUGAGAAAAGGGCUCAAAGCAGCCUUAGUGACUAAAUUGGAAUCAUAUGGACCUUGGGAAGGGUUAGUUUCAGAUGAAUACCAGUAUGUUGUGGAUGGUGGUCAUCUUCUUCAUAAAGUUGUGUGGCCAAGGCCAGCUAUGUAUCGGGAUAUUUUUCAAGCCUAG